AUGCCUUUCAAUAAUAAAAAAAGCAAUGUUGUAAGGUCCCUGUACCACGACGACGACAUAUCCCUUAAGGCAUUUUUUUUUCUUAAAUUACGCGUAGACAUUCAUUUCGCGGUUAAGCUUUUCACAUUCGCUUUGCUUCUGCUCUCUCUCUCUCACUCUCUCUCUCUCUCUCACUCUCUCUCUCUAACUAUCUAUCUGUCUAUCUCACUCUAUCUCUUUCACUCUAUCUCUCUAUCUCUCUCACUCUAUCUCUCUCACACUAUUUCUCCAUCUAUCUAUCUAUCUAUCUAUCUCACUCUAUCUCUCUCUAUCUCGCUCACUCUAUCUAUCUCUCUAUCUAGCUAUCUCACUCUAUCUCCUUCGCUCUCUCUCUCUCUCUCUAUCUCUAUCUUUCUCUAUUUCUCUAUCAUUCUUUCACUCUAUCUCUCUCUAUCUCUCUCUCUAUCUCGCUCACUCUAUCUAUCUCUCUAUCUAGCUAUCUCACUCUAUCUCCUUCGCUCUCUCUCGCUCUCUAUCUAUCUCACUCUCUCUCUCUCUCUCUCUCCUUGUCGAAAUGCGCGAGUAUAUAUAUAUUCAUAUCUAUCUAUCUAUCUAUCUAUCUAUCUAUCUAUCUAG